CUGGUGGUUGAGGUGCUCCGACGCGGUCGCGCGUGCGGUGGGGGCGUGUCGGUGGGAAGUCGCGGGGCCGGAGCUUACGGAGCCGGCCGGGGCGAGCACGGUGAGGAGGGGCGAGCGGCGGCGGAGGGCGACCGGAGCCGGCGAGCCUUCACCCCGUAUAGAACCCUGCACUGCCCGACUCCCCAGGAUUUAUUUCUCUUCCCGAGGUAGCCAUGGAUGCUUCGACUCCUUUGCCUCCCGCAUCCUCUUCUCCGAGAUGCAAUCCAGCCCCACAGACGAUCCACAUUGAGUUCCCUCAUCAUAGCUCUUCGCUGCUGGAAUCCCUGAACCGCCACAGGCUGGAGGGAAAGUUCUGUGAUGUGUCCCUCCUGGUUCAGGGCAGGGAACUUAGGGCUCACAAAGCAGUCUUGGCUGCUGCCUCUCCUUACUUCCAUGACAAGCUGCUUUUGGGGGAUGCGCCCCGACUGACUUUACCGAAUGUCAUCGAGGCCGAUGCGUUCGAGGGACUGCUUCAGCUCAUUUAUUCAGGAAGCCUCCAUCUGCCUCUGGACGCCCUCCCUGCCCAUCUCCUUGUAGCCAGUGGCCUUCAGAUGUGGCAAGUGGUAGAUCGGUGCUCAGAGAUUCUUCGAGAACUAGAAACGUCUGGUGGGAUUUCAGCCAGUGGAGGAGCCUCCAGCCUCACACUUAUUUCCACAACAUCUUCAGGAGGCUGGUGCAUUCGCUCUUCCCCUUUCCAGAACCCAGUACGCUCCUCUGCUUCUACAGAGAAUUCUGUUUCUCCUGAGAGCCCCGCUGGAGGGGAGGGGAGUGAACUAGAAGGAACAUUACAGAUUCAGGUGAAAGUAGAGGAGGAAGAGGAGCAGGGGUCAGCAGCCCCACUCUUUCAGACUCCUCAGCCCGCGAGAGUGUCAGGAGGGGUUUCCCAAGCUUGUGGAUCCCACCCAUUGCCUACACCUGCUCUUCCCAGCAAGCCUUCAGAGGAUGAGAACUCAACAGUAGAUCCUCCUGCCCCUCCUGUACAAGCUUCCCAAAUCUUAUAUGUGAAUCAGGAAAACGUUGAGUGUAAGGAGGAGAUAGCAAGAGGCAAGGCUCCGUCUGGAGGAUCAAAGGAAAAGACCAAAGUACUAUCCGGAGAGGACUCUGAGGAGAAGGGGGAGCUGAGAUACUUGCUGUCCUCAGGAGGAGGGGAAACGUCUGGGGCAGGAGAUCCAUCGUGGAAACCAGUGGAUCUUCAUGGGAAUGAAAUCCUGUCAGGGGGUGGAGGACCUGGAGGAACAGGGCAGGCUAUGCAUGGGCCUGUGAAGCUAGGAGGGACACCCCCUGCAGAUGGGAAGUGCUUUGCUUGCUUGUGUGGAAAACGGUUUGCAGUAAAGCCGAAACGAGACCGACACAUCAUGUUGACGUUCAGCCUUCGCCCUUUUGGAUGUGGCAUCUGUAAUAAACGUUUCAAGUUGAAGCAUCAUCUGACAGAGCACAUGAAGACCCAUGCGAGAGCUCUGCAUGCGUGUCCCCAUUGUGGCCGUCGGUUCCGUGUCCAGGCCUUCUUCCUUCGCCACCGGGACUUAUGCAAGGGCCAGGGCUGGCCCACUUACCACUGGACUUACAAAUGACUCCUGGUGCUCUCUAGUGAUUUCUAGGACAAGAUAGCCCCUGCUGCUGCUGCUGGACUCUUACCUUCACCACCUCAGUCCUGGAUUGUAUAAUCAUUUCAAGAGAUUAUAUAUAUAUUGUCACGAACCCCUUCCUCUUGGGCAUGGGUCUCACCCUGGUAGUCCAGGUUUAGACAGACUUUAGAAAAUCAUGCUUCUGAUCACUUAACCUAAAUGGCCCUUUUUGUAUUGAUAGCCAGUGAGGGAACUGCUGACCUCAGAUUAGUGAGAGAAGAGCUGGAGCAUUGCCAGACUAAGGUCUGAGCGGCCUCUCCCUCCCUGUCAGCAGUAUUCUGUUCCUGUACUUUGUCAUUUUUUUCCUUUUUAGGUUCUAGCAUUGCCAGACUAAGGUCUGAGCGGCCUCUCCCUGUCAGCAGUAUUCUGUUCCUGUACUUUGUCAUUUUUUUCCUUUUUAGGUUCUCACCAGUAGACACCUCUCCCAAAUAUCCUUUUAAAAAUACUUGAGUGGGGCUGGAGAGAUGGCUCAGUUGUUAAAAGCACUCUCUGCUCUUCUAGA